GCGUAACAGCGGAGGAGGGGGAUGUUCCCGGCGGCCAUCUUGGAUGUGAAGAGUGAUUGUUUGGCGUAAAGAAAUAAUAAAAUAAAAAUUAUUACUUGAAGAUUUGUGGAAUUAGUGUACCAAAAGACGGAUUAUAAGACGAAGGAAAGUCCAGAAAAUUCAGUGAAAGACGGUAUGAAGACAGUAUCAUAGUCCACAAGUCAUGGCUGAUAAAAGAAAAUUACAAGGUGAAAUAGAUCGAUGUUUGAAAAAAGUGGGGGAGGGUGUUGAGCAGUUUGAAGACAUCUGGCAGAAGCUUCAUAAUGCAGCUAAUGCAAAUCAGAAAGAAAAAUAUGAAGCGGACCUCAAGAAAGAGAUAAAAAAGUUGCAGCGUCUUCGUGACCAAAUAAAGACAUGGGUUGCCUCCAAUGAAAUCAAAGACAAAAGGCAGUUGGUUGAGAAUAGGAAACUCAUUGAGACGCAAAUGGAGCGAUUUAAGAUUGUUGAGCGAGAGACAAAGACAAAGGCCUACUCCAAGGAGGGUUUGGGACUAGCACAGAAGGUGGACCCUGCUCAGAAGGAGAAGGAGGAGGUGGGACAGUGGCUUACGAACACAAUAGACACACUAAACAUGCAGGUGGACCAGUUCGAGAGUGAGGUGGAGAGUCUAUCAGUCCAGACUCGAAAGAAGAAAGGAGACAAAGAGAAGCAGGACCGCAUUGAAGAGCUGAAGCGUUUUAUUGAGAAGCACAGGUACCACAUACGCAUGUUGGAGACCAUCCUGCGAAUGCUGGACAAUGAUUCGGUGCAGGUGGAUUCAAUACGCAAGAUCAAGGAUGAUGUGGAGUACUACCUCGACUCCUCACAGGAUCCCGAUUUUGAGGAGAAUGAGUUCCUCUAUGACGAUCUGGACCUAGAAGAUAUCCCCCCAUCGUUAGUGGCCACCUCUCCACCUGGUCACUCCCACAUGGAGGAUGAGAUCUUCCACCACUCCAGCAGCACUCCCACAUCUACCACCUCAUCUUCCCCUAUCCCUCCUUCUCCUGCCACUGGCACCACGGAGACUUCAGAGGAUGAUAAGAAACGUGGAAGGUCUACAGACAGUGAGGUCAGCCAGUCACCUGUAAAGAAUGGAAACCCUUCAUCUUCCUUGUCCUCCUCCUCAUCAUCCUCUUCUUCUGGAACCUCUUCCUCCUGUCUUGUCUCCAUGGCCAGCACUGCAGCAGGCAGCAGUAGCAUGGCUGGGGGAAACACUCUCUUGGGCAGCAUGGGAGGCCUCCUGCCUAGCUCUGGCAGCUACAGCACAGUGACUCAGCAGCAGCAGUCAGCACAGCAGGCCCAGCAGCAGAAUCAAUCCCAGGCCAAGAACUCUGUCAGUUCUGCUUCUUCCAACAGCAACCCCAGUCCAUCGAACCUCCUGCUUCCUACGUCUUCUGCCACUUCGCCUCCCAGUUCUAGUGCACCUAUUCCCCUAACACCAAAUUCACAGUCCCAGGCUCCAUCAGGGCCUACCUCUGUUUCUGGCCUGGGGCUUGGGCUUGGUCUGGGCUUAGGAAAAGGAGUGACAGGGGUUAGUGGAAGCAGCCAAGUCUCUGGCCUGGGGCUGUCUGGAAUGCCAUCUGCCCUCAACAGCAUGGCUGGGAUGCUCUCAGCUUCCACCCCUGCCCCAUAUGCACAGGCUGCUGCUUCAGGGGCAGUCGGAAGUGGUCUGGGGGGUUCUGGUGGAAGUAGCACCAGUAGCACUAGUACUAGUGGAGUUGGAUCGGGGAGCAGUAACAAUGGAAGUGGGUCAUCUGCAAGUUUGCUGGGCUCCAGUCCUGCAGUCGCUGGUGUCAGCAGUGGGAUCCUGGGCUUAGGUGCAAAUCACACUGCAGCCCCAGGCCCUCCACAGGGAGGUUCGAGUCCAGCAGGUGGGUUGGCACCUGGGAGUGGCUUGGGGGUGAUCGGUGGCAAUGGUGGAACCUCAAGUACUUCUGGAAGUAGCGGAGUCGGAACAGGAAAUGGGAUUACUGCCAGACCUCCCAGUGGGCAGAAGCAGAAUGGGACCACUAGUUACAGUUCUGUAGUGGCUGACAGCAGUACAGAUUCACAUAGUGCAGCCAGCCAAUCGCAAAGUGGUCAGCCUUCGUCUGUCAAUUCCACUGCAAAUCCUCCUAAGGACAGUGGCUCAAGUCUGCUGGGGUCGAUGACUCUGCCACCCAGUUCCCCUUCGCCCUCCUAUAAUGAAAACAAGUCAAACAGUGGAAAUCUUCUGAAUGGACCUCAUUCCUAUACACCAAGCUCAGAAGGCUUGAAGGCUCCAGAGCCACUCAGCUCUCUGAAGUCCAUGGCAGAGCGUGCAGCCUUGACAUCGGGACUGGAUGGGGAGGUGCCCAACCUGCAUCUUACAGACAGAGAUAUCUUCCCUGGUUCUACCACCUCAUCUGGCCCCCCUGCAGCCCCCCAGCCUUCUUUAUCUGAGGUCAGCAUCCCUCCUUCAUUGGGUGUCUGCCCUCUGGGUCCUGUUCCCCUGUCCAAAGACCAGCUGUACCAACAAGCCAUGCAGGAGUCUGCCUGGGCUCACAUGCCUCACCCAUCUGACUCGGAGAGGAUCAGGCAGUAUCUAAUGAGGAAUCCAAGUCCCACCCUGCCUUUCCACCACCAGGUGCCCCCUCCACAUUCAGACUCUGUGGAGUUCUACCAGAGGCUCUCCACUGAGACACUGUUUUUCAUAUUCUACUACCUUGAGGGAACCAAGGCUCAAUAUCUUGCAGCCAAAGCAUUGAAGAAGCAGUCAUGGCGAUUCCAUACGAAGUAUAUGAUGUGGUUCCAGAGGCAUGAGGAACCAAAGACUAUCACAGAUGAGUUUGAACAGGGGACGUACAUCUACUUUGACUAUGAGAAAUGGGGCCAAAGAAAGAAAGAAGGGUUCACAUUUGAGUAUAGGUACCUUGAAGACCGGGAUCUACAGUGAGAGACUAAUGAUGGAAAAGGGUUUGAUACUGUUGACAUUCCUGGACUGAGCUGAGUACAGCAAGGAGAGACAGGUGCUGAAUGGAAUUUAAUGCUUCAUAAGAAUGCAUCUGAACCUUCUUCCUGGCCUGAGGCCCCCUCACCACCACAUACCCACCAUGUGAACGCAUUUGAACCUCCUUCCUAGUUCUGUGCCCCCACCCUCUCACAACCUCUAUCAUUAGUUUGAAGCUCUUUGGGAUCGAAAUGAGCUAGAGGUCUGUAUUGGAAAUGACUGUCUCUCUAUGUAUUUUGGUGUAGCUCGCAGUUCUGUUGAGAACCAAAGAUCAUUGGACAUCGCUUCCAUUUGGAAGUGUGGCAGUUGAUAAAGUGUCAGGAGAAAAGUCAAGACAAAAUUGGGGAGACCUCCAGGACCAUGACAUUUGACAGCGUUUCUCCCCCUUUUCAGUUUCCGAAGAUGCAGCCUAAAAGCAAGUCUAGAUUACCACUCUUGCCAAAAGAACAUUUGUAGACCUGCUCUAUCACAGCCCAUAAGACAUCUCAUAUCUCUGUCAAACCUGCACAGAGCCAACAACUAUGCAACAAAGCCCAGCUUCAUCGCUGUUACCAAAUCUAAACCAUGGGAGUUACUGUGAAAUUUGAGCAGUGCUGAGGCUUAAGUGAGACAGGAUUCUGUUAAGCUCAGGAGUUGACAGCGUUUCCCAUUUUGGCAAGUGUAAAACUGCAUUCUGAGUAAUACAUUCAGAGUAGCACUUCAAUAAGACACUAAAACCAGGCCCCCUUAUGAAUUAACACUUUGGUUCCCCCCCAUAAAAAUAAUGGGUAUUAGCCAAAAAAUUUUAUAUGAAUACUUUGUGGCUUUGCAAGGUUGCAAAAUUUGGUGAACACUCAUUCUUCUAUUUGAGGUCCUUUUUUUCUUGGCUGUUUAGUCAUGCUUUAAUUUUUUUAAUGUGGGAGUGCAAUCUUAAAUGAAGUAAAAGUAUUACAUUAUCUGAGGGAUGGAGCGGAAUAAAACCCAGACUUUAUGCCCCAUAAAUUGAACGCCCAGUUUCAUUAUUAUGUUUACUUUUGGUGAGAGAAGGGAAUUUAAGAAUUCAGAGAUGAAAUGUGAAAUUCUCUAAUAAUGUUGUAUAGACUUUACAUGCUUAUUUGUUGUCAUCUAGACAGCAUGGUAAUUAACACUUCAAGCGAAGCUGAAAAAUAUCCAUGAAAAGAAUUGUAAAAUAUUAAUAAAAUUACUUUUCAGAAAUGUC